AUGUUGGGGGCCCGGCCUGGCCUCCCUAUGGUGCUGGCUGCCCUGGGGGACAGGACUGCAGCCAACCUGGGGAGUCUGUCCUCUGGUUUGUCCUCUCGCACCAGCCUCCGGAACGUGGAGGAGUCGCUGCACCACGUGGACGCUACCUUCUUCCUGGGGAAGGUGGGCUUCCUCAUCACGGGCGCUGGGCGGGAGGGCCACUGCAGCAUUCACUGGAACACCGUCGUGAGGCUGGCCCGCACCUACCGGAGCCCUCUGCUCUUCUGUGACCUGGAGGUGGAAGGCUUUCGAGCCACGGUGGCCCAGCGCCUGGUACGCAUGCUGCAGAUCUGCGCGGGCCACGUGCCUGGUGUCUCAGCCCUGAACCUGCUGUCCCUGCUGAGGAGCUCUGAGAACCCCGCCCUGGAGGACGUGUGAGAGCCGCCGGCCCCCCGAGCUGGCCCUCCCCACGGCCCGGUGCCUGGCGCGGGGGACUUCCGCUGUUGCCUGCGUGCGGUCGGUUCCCCGCACGGCCCAGACUCGGAGCCCUGCUGGUGGGAAUGCAGCCCCCUCCCCGCCAUGCUCUUCAUCCACCUGCCGGGCUCCCUCUCCACCUCAGGCUUCGCUUGAACAAAGCGUCCGUGGCUCAAAAAUAAGUUUGAAAACCCCUGGUCUCCUCCACCACCUUGACUGUGCAGAUGAGGACACUGACUCCAGACAGUUAGGGUCGGGCAGGGGAGCUUGGACUCUGCGACCCAAUCUGACCCCACAUCCUAGCCUUGCCAUCCUUACAGAGCCUGCUGUGGCCUCAUAGAGCCUCAGUUUCCCAGGUGUGUAAUGGAGAUCGUUCUAGUGUCCUUGCUGCAUUGCAAGGACUGAAUGAAAUGACAAGCCCGCAGCUGUAUUUCUCCCUCCACUUGUAUUCCGUGUAUCCCAUGAUCCUUUGCAGUAAGACCUUGCCCGGUACCAGCUAAGCGCUCAGUGAACGGUCACUCAUGUGAAAUCCCACGGAGCUAGGUUCAAAAGCUGGUGCAAACCCAGGAAUUACACUGCUUAUGAAUUGA